AAAAAUUAAAUAUUUUGGCAUGUAGAGCUGUCACAUGACGAUAAUAUUUGCUUAUACAAAAAUUCUAUAGUUUAUAUCUGCAAAAUGAGGCCGGAGAGACCUAGAGACAACAUGCAAGAACAAUAUUGUGUACUUGGAACUAAGAUUAAAAGUCUAGAAAAAAAAGAUAGGGUUAGGGAAAAAUUUAUAAAUGCAAAUACAGCUGUAGAAUGAUAAAUAAAGGACUGCAUGAUAAUAAGAUGGCGCUGCAAUCUGGUAGACAAGGAAAGAUGUAUCGUAUUAUUGCUCUCUCUUUCUUUUUUAUGUAAUAUACAUAUACGCACACAUACAUAACUUUCGCGUUGUCGGUAAAACAGACAGACUCCAGCAUCCCCUUAAUGUGUUUUUAACCAAUCGCAGAGCCGCGUUAGCUUCUUAAGACAACAGUUACGAUUUUGAAAUAAGAAUCGACUAUGAAUACCGGCCUUACAAAACCGAUUUAACUUUUGUAGCGAUAGUAGCGCGCCCUGGUAUACUUGGGGAGCGUAGCUGAAAACAUUUCACUACUGCAUCUGUGACCGCAUGGCCUACGGUGUCGCUGCUCCACCUUCAGAUACUUCGUAGUCUCAGCCCCAACUUGUACGCUAAACUUGUCGAGUGAAGCGAAAUGGACGAGCAGACUGUACAUAAAACAGCUUCUAAGCGUAGUAAAAAUGAUGGCGAGCGUAAAGCCAAGAAACAUACGUCGAAAGUGUUGUACACUCAAAAGUUCACGGUGCCUUAUAGGAAAAAGCGGAAAAACGAGUACGACUCUGCUGAAGAAGCCAGGUUGGAGAAGGUCGUUUUCGGCGAUACCAGCGACAUCGUCAGCAAUUUAUUUUCCGAGGUCGAUGUUUCCGAAACGACCGCUAAGAAUGACAAGGACCAGGAUAUUUCAGCUCCCAAUUGUGGCGACGACGCGCAGCCGCAGAAAAGGGAAGCGGCGUGGAUAGACGAGGACGACUACAGUUACACCGUACAGACGGCUCUGGACCAGCAGAAUCGCAAAUUGCUGUGCGAGAGGCCGGAAAAGUUGUACACCACGUAUUUGGAGAACAGAUACAAAUUGUUUGUGGGUACCCCGAAGUGGGCGGAGCUCGAGAAAACGGACGUAGCCGAUGUCGACGACCUGGAGAGCAAUAUCUUGAAGCACAGCUGCCACUUGGAAGCGUCGACAGCAAAGAAUCUACCGAAGAACAUUAUUGACAUCAAGGCCCUCAAGGCCUUGAACAAAAGCACCCACACGGAAGGUCCUAUUGUCACCAGCGUGGAGUUUCAUCCGUCGUCCACUGUGGCUCUGGUCGCUGGCACGUCGGGCGUCUUGUCUCUGUUUCAGGUGGAUGGCCAUACAAAUGAAAAAUUGCACAGCAUGCAAUUCAAAAAAUACCCAAUUAGCAAGGCAACAUUUAUGAAGGACGGCACGGAAGUUUUGCUCGGCUCCCAAUAUUAUUCGCAUUGCGAAAUUUAUAAUUUGAUGAGCGGCAAGAUUUACAAGCUACCUCUGCCGCACGGGAUUACGAACAUGAAGCGUUACGAGGUGUCCCCUGAUGGCAAAAUAAUAGCUUUGUGUGGGAGGCUGGGAGAAGUAUACUUACUUCACAACUCCACCAAAGAACUAGUUGGUACUCUCAAGAUGAAUUCUAAAUGCCGGGCACUAGCGUUUACACCAGACAGUAAAACUCUCAUCACGCACGGCGAUGGUAGCGAGAUGUACGCGUGGGAUCUGAACACUCGCACGUGCAUCAAUCGUGCUGUAGACGACGGAAGCUUGUCUUGCGCAUCGCUCGCCGUGUCACCGAGCGGUCAGUUUGUGGCUACUGGUAGCAAACAGGGUGUGGUCAAUCUGUACGAUACGAAAAGCGUAUUGGAGGAUCGAAGUCCCGUGCCUGUCAAAAUAGUAAUGAAUCUCGUGACUAGCGUUACAAGCCUGAGAUUUAAUCCGACUUCUGAGAUUCUGAGCGCGGCAUCGGUUGACAAACACAAUGCAUUUAAGAUGUUGCACCUACCAUCGUUUACCGUGUUCUCGAACUUCCCGACGCUUCAAACGAACAUAGGCCUGCCAGAAGCCAUUGCCUUUUCUCCCGGCGGUGGUUAUCUCAGCAUCUCUAAUAGAACGGGUUCUGCUUUACUGUAUAGGUUGAAGCAUUAUGGAAACUAUUAAUUGUAUUUAUAAAAGAAUUUUUCUUACGGAUUGUAUACAGUAUACAAAUCUAUGUGGAAUGUGUAAGAUCGGUGUGUAAUUGUCUCUUUCAUAUGUAGGUACAUUUUAAUUGAUCUAGCCUACUAACUGCUAUUAGUUUAUUCGUACAAUUAAUUUUACACAGUCUAGGAAAAGCUGUGCGACAUUAGAAAGAUACUAGAUUAUACAUACCGAUGUACUACAUUAUAUAUACCCUUAAACAAGAAAUUGAAAAAUUUCCGCAUAUUCAAAAGCAGCAAAUUUUACAUCCUUUUAUUUAUAGUAUCACAUGUCAAUUUAUUUACUAUCGUUUCAUAUUCACCGUGCAGUAGAAAAAAAAUCAUAUUUUUACUAAAAAUAAAAUACACAAUGUGUUCAUAUUAAAGCAAUUUCUGUUUAUGAGGAAAGAAUUGUAGAAAAGUGAUAGAUGUUACAUUUAAAUCAUCUUCACUUCAUUGACACAAAGCGUUUCUUAACGUUUGAAUAUUACUUGCCUUAAGAGACACAAAUGAUUAUGUACAAACGAUACCUCUUAACAUUAUGAAAAUUCUUGUAUAAAGUAGUAAAGACUAUAAACUAAUUUGUUUCCUUUUCCAUUUAAUUAAACCGAAUCUUGUGGUCCAAUUAAUCACGAAUUUUUGCACGUUACAUAUAAUACAGACUUUGUACGCAUUGCAGUUCCUCUAUUUACGGCACGUCUAAUUGCAAUAAAUAUUUUUUUUAUAUCUUUAUAUAUUUGUACUAUGAGUAAAAAAUGAUGUUACGUAGGAGUUUUAUAAAUAAAACAAGUUCGGAUAAUAUUUCGCUAGUUAAAUGUUUAGAAAAACAAAAUGAUAUAAUGUGCAACGUGAACGACGUAUUCCAAUAUACAUCGGGAAAUGUAACGCCUAAGUCACAAAUUUACAGAAUGGAGGUGAUUGUCACCUUUGGUCGUUUGUCUCUUGCACGUUCAUCAGAAGCAAAUCGUCCAGAACUUUGUAUACAUUGCACUCCGUACAUUUCUAAUUGAGUAAUUUAGAACCAAAUGUUUUUAUAAAGUAACAUGUGCCUCAUACAUGAAUACAUACAUACAUAUAUUUACACACAACGUACCUUUAUGUCACAAUGUUACUUGGUAUACUAUAUGCAGCCGAAAAAAAACCGAUGGACAUGUUCGAAAUAUCUUUUUUUUUUUACAGGAGAUCCUACUUUGUAAUAAAUAUAAAUUAUAUGUUUAUAUCUCUUCCUGAAUACUUGUACGCAUGUGUUAUGCAUGUCCGACAACCGACAUGCGAAGUAGCUACUCGUUUCAUCAUUACAUCUCGAUUCACUUAAAAAACAAAAACGUAGUCGUUGCUUACUUAGCAAGCUGCAGAUUAUCAUAAUUUAAUUAUAAUGUAUGACAUAUUACGCGCACGCGCAAAUACAUAUACAUACAUACACGUUCACAUAUACAGUUCUCUGAUCCAAGAGUAUAGCUGAAAAAAAAAGAUUCUUUACGAAAAAGCAAGUAAUGAAUGUAGAAUAGAUAUACAGAUUUUAUUUCCGAAAAAAUAACUAAAAAUUGGAAAGUU